AUGGCAAUUAGCCUGGGUCUCGGCGGUUCUGAAGCGGUGGUGCUCACCGGCGGAGUGUCGAAGGGCGCCUACGACUUCGUCCCCGACGCCGUCCGCGCCGAAGGGGGCGACGUGCUCUUCCAUCGCCUCCGCGCGCGCCCAGGACAGCCGACGCUCGGCGCGAUCGCCGGCGGCAAACCGAUCAUCGGGCUGCCGGGCAAUCCGCUAGCAGUGCUCACCGCCGGACGCCGGGUGUUGGCGCCUCUCCUAAAGCGCCUCGCCGGUUUGGCGACGUUCGAUCAGCCCGCGUCGCACGUUACGCUAGACGCCUGGAGCGGUAAGCCGCUCCCGCUCACCUGGUGGCGACCCGUGACGCUCACGGCGCCGGGCGUUGCGAGGCUCGCAGCGCUACAAGGCUCCGGCGACGUGUGCGGCCCCGCGAUGAGUGACGGCUUCAUCGAGGUCCCACCCGAACGCGCCGACGCCGACCCCGCCGCGAAGCUCUCGCACCUCGACGCCGACGGCCGUGCACGGAUGGUGGACGUUGGAGGCAAGCCAGUAACCGACCGUCGUGCGGUCGCCGAAGGCCGCGUCCGCGUUGGCGCCGAAGUCGCCGCCGCGAUCCGCAGCAAUUCGCUCAAGAAAGGCGACCUGCUGCAAGUCGCCCGACUCGGCGGCAUCCAAGCGGCGAAGCGGACUUCUGACCUCGUGCUCCUCUGCCAUCCGCUGCCGCUGUCGCACAUCGACAUCGACGCACGGCUCGAUGACGAUGACGUCCUGCUCACCGCGUCGGUCCGCACCGCGGGUCAGACAGGCGUUGAGAUGGAAGCCCUCGCCGCCGUCGCCGGCGCUGCGCUCAACGUCGUGGACAUGGGCAAAUCGCUCAACCCGGCGAUUGAAAUCGUCUCGCUCCGCGUCGUCGAGAAGACCGGCGGCAAGAGCGGCCCAACCACAUGCAGGGCGGCUGGCUUCCGCGUUGCAAUCCUCACCAUCAGCGACAGCCGUACCGCCGGCGCCGCCGAAGACACCGCCACGCCGCUACUCGUCGAAGCGUUACAGAACUUCUUCAGCAGCGAGGUCAUCGCUACCCAACUCGUCGCCGACGACCGUAAAGCAAUCGCCGACCAGCUACGCGAUUGGGCGACCGGCGACGGCGCGCCAACGCUCAUCCUCACCACCGGCGGCACCGGCGUCGGUCCGCGCGACGUAACGCCUGAGGCGACGCUCGAUGUCGUCGAGCGCACGCACCCGAGCCUCCUAGAGCUCGCCCGCGCGCGCUGCCUGCCGGGCAAGCCGCACGCCUACCUUUCGCGCGGCGUCGCCGGCGUACUUGGCAAGACGCUGAUCGUCAAUCUACCGGGUUCACCGAAGGGCGCCGUCGAUACGCUACGGCUGAUCGCCGACGUUUUGCCACACACGUUGGAGACAUUGCGUGGUGAGGAGCAGAGUCACCCGUAG